AAAACAGAUGUGAAGUCCCUCAUGGCGAAGUUUAACACCGUGGCCACCCCCACAGAGGACAUCCCCAUCGUGCCCAUCCGACCCUUGAAGAUCCCAAAGCAAAAUCCUCCCGCUGGAGCCGCGGCUAAAAAGAACUUACUCAGCGCCCAGGGGGAACCCGGCGCCCCUGCAGGACUGAGCAGUGCACCCAAGAUUGUGUCUCCCAAGCCCCCUGUGGGGGUGAAGCCUUCAGAGGACAAGCCUGACAGGGAAGCCAAGCCCCCGUUACUCAAGCCCACCGGAGUAGGCCAAAGAUUUGCAACCCAGGGCAACACGGCCACUAGAGAUGCCGAGGGGAAACCUGGAUUUCCAAAACCAUCCCCCAAGCCCACCCACCUGCCCAAAGAAGAUUACAAACCUGGGUUCCCUCAGCCUCCCGGGAACAAGCCUUCAUUUCCUGGGCUUGGCCCAAACCAUGACCUGCCGCCACCAGGCCUGAAGCCCAGGUCCAACACUUUUGCCCAAGAGAAUGAACAGAGAGCGGGAUUCCCCAAAGCCGGCGGGGUGAAGAGCAGGUUCCUGUCAAGCUCCCAGGAGCAGGAUGUCAAGCCUCUCUUCCCCAAGCCGGUCUUCCCGAGAGCAUCUGUGAAUCCUGAACACUGCCAUGAAGAGGAGACCCCCGCCAAGAAAGCGUUCCCCAGCCCGGCAGCAGCCAAGUUCAAAGCCGGCCCGGGCAAGACAGUCCAGGAGGAGCCGGAAAAUAAAGACCAUGGAGGCGAGGGGGCCAGUCCACAUUUUCCUGGAGUGGUUCUGAGGCCGGCUGGAAGCAGAGGGCUCCCCAAGAACGCCGAGGACAAAAAGGAAGAGAGGAAGGUGGAUGCUGCUAGGAACAUCUUCCUGAACAAGAUAAACCAGGAGGAGCCAGCCUCAGGGGCGUCUCCCGCCAAAUUUCCUAAGACCCCUUCCAAGCUGGUCAUAGGAGGGCCCUGGGCCCAAGGGCAAGAAAAGGACAAGGGUGACAACAGCCCAAGCACCCCAAAAAAGAAGCCCCUGCCUCCCUUGCUCACCUUGGGCCCACCUCCACCAAAACCUAGCAGACCCCCACAUGUGGACCUGACAAGAUUCCUAAAAGCUGCUUCUGCAAACAGUUCUGGCAAAGCCCAAACAUCUGACUCAACAGUUUCCGCACCACCGCCUCCAGCCGCCCAUCCGGCCGCUCAGCCACCGUUACCAGCAUCUCACCCACCGUUACCAGCAUCUCACCCGGCGCAGUCAGCAGUCCCAAGUCUACCUCCAAGAAACAUGAAGCCUCCCUUAGACCUAAAAAGUCCUGUAAAUGAAGAAAAUCAAGAUGCCAUCAUGCACUCAGAUGGUGCUGGAAAUAUAGAUGAGGAAGAGAGUGAAGGAGAAACCUAUGAAGACAUAGAAGCAACGAGAGAACGAGAGAAGAAAAGAGAGAAGGAGGAAAAGAAGAGACUAGAACUGGAGAAAAAGGAACAGAAAGAGAGAGAAAAGAAAGAACAAGAGAUUAGGAAGAAGUUUAAACUAACAGGCCCUAUUCAAGUCAUCCAUCAAGCUAAAGCUUGCUGUGAUGUCAAAGGAGGAAAGAAUGAAUUGAGCUUCAAGCAAGGGGAGCAAAUUGAAAUUAUCCGCAUCACAGACAACCCUGAAGGGAAAUGGUUGGGCAGAACAGCAAGGGGGUCAUAUGGCUAUAUUAAAACAACUGCUGUAGAGAUUGACUAUGAUUCUUUGAAAAGGAAAAAGACCUCUUUCGGUGCCCUUUCACCCAGACCUCCAGAGGAUGACCAGGAAGUCUAUGAUGAUGUUGUAGAGCAAGACACCACCAACAGCCACAGUCAUGGUGGAAGUGGAGGGAUAUUCCCCCCACCCCCAGAUGAUGAUAUUUAUGAUGGAAUAGAAGAGGAAGAAGACAAUGAUGGCUCCAUGCAACAAGUUGAAGAGAAGAGUAACACCUGGUCCUGGGGAAUUUUGAAGAUGUUAAAGGGAAAAGAUGAGAAAAAGAAAAGUAUACGGGUGAAACCUAAAGAGUCUGAGUCAGACAAUGAUGAAGGUUCAUCUUUUCCUGCUCCUCCUAAACAGUUGGGAGAGGAAGUCUACGAUGAUGUGGAUGCCACUGACUUCCCUGCCCCCCCUGUAGAAGUGAGUCAAGAAGUCAAAGCUAAGACACAAGAAAAAGACCUGAAGAAGUUAAAAAAGCAAGAAAAAGAAGAAAAGGAAUUCAGGAAAAAAUUUAAAUACGAUGGUGAAAUUCGGGUCCUAUAUUCAACCAGAGUUGCACUUUCCUUUGCAUCUAAAAAAUGGGGAAAUAGAGAUCUACAGGUAAAGCCUGGGGAAGCUCUGGAAGUUAUACAAAAUACAGAUGAUACAAAAGUUCUCUGCAGGAAUGAAGAUGGAAAAUAUGGUUAUGUCCUUCGUAGUUACUUGGUGGACAAUGAUGGAGAGAUCUACGAUGAUAUUGCUGACGGUUGCAUCUACGACAAUGACUAGCUAUCAGCUUUGAUCAUUCUGCCUUGUUCACUUAAUGCCAAUAUGAUGUCCAUAUUUUAAUUGACAAUAUAGAAAUAAAUACAAAAAAACUACUCAUUACCAUAAAUUACAAAAAAUUUAUUAUCUUCAUCAAGUUUUUAAAAAUUUCAACUUAGAAGAUCAUCUUUUCCUUAAUGAACAUCUCAAGAACUGCAUCAGUAAGUAUAAGAAAUAUUAAAUAUCCCAUUUUGGUUUCACCCACAAUUAAGAAGGUGCUUCUUUUAGAUCAUCAAUAAAUAAUUCCAGCUCUCUAAAAAAGAUCAUUUGAGAAGAAAUGAAGAAGAAUAAGAAAAGAAUUUUAAUACAACUCCCCCAAAGCUGUUUUUGCACCUCCAAUUAUGAUAGUAUUAUAUUAUCUAUCCAAUUACCUCUGUUCAAAAAAGCAGAAAUAUCUUCUUUCCUGUUGGUGGACUAAAUACUU